UGAAUGCAAGUUCCUGUUUCCUGCUUUGCAAGAUGGGUGGUUUUCCGGCGAAGUUGGUUUUAGUUUUAGUAGCUGUAUAUCUUCUUCUCGGACUUUUACCUGAAACUUCUGCUUUACUUCAUCAUGCCGAAGAUGGUGAGAAGAGUGUAUGGCAUGUUGACUGUAGACAUGGCUUGAUGAAGAUACAUGGAAGAAAACAAGGUAGCUUUGGAUGUCAAAAUGGCAUCGUCAAAAAGGAAAUAGUGCCAACUCGCAGCCUAAGAGUAAUGGUGACAUCAAGAGCGCCACCUUCACCAGUUAAAAACAAAGCAACAUCACAGAAUGCUGCUGCUGCACCUCCUUCAUCCAUUGCUUGAAGGCUAACUAUGUUAAUGUAUUCUGUGGACGCUUAUCAUUUCCUAUGAUGUUUUUGUUUUAUGUUGUUGCCUCACCAGCAUGUCCAUUUAGCUUUGAGGUCUUUCUGCAAUAAGCUAGCUAGUAGAAUCUAUGUGUAAAUCAAUCUGUUGAACAUAUUCUGCAGUAUAUAUAAAUCCAUUACUCUCUGCAUUUCCCAA